GAUCGUAAAAGAUUUCCGCGUCGAAAUACGUUUCACGUCGACAAGUGAUCUGACAAGAGUUAAUCCCUGAACGCCACGGUAUAUAAGGGUCUCAGGAGGUGUUUGGAAAGCUUCGUUGUGCCACUUGCAACAUCUCAACUGCUGUGAUUUGUAGUGAAGUAAGCAGUCCAAGAUGAAACGCCCGAUGAACCUGGCGUUGGCGGCGGUGGUGGCGACGACAGCGUUGGCGAUGCUGGCGCAGAUGGCGACGGCAACGCAGGCGAGUGUGUCCCUCAUGAGCAACGGCUACGAAGGGACCGUCGUGGCAAUUUCCCCGUCCGUAGAUGAACUCUAUGCUGUUGAUGUCAUCGAUUCAAUUAAGAAGACGAUCGGCGAGGCCUCCGAGGUGCUGUUCAGGGCCUCCCGCCAAAGGGCCUUCUUCAGGGACGUCAAGAUCCUCCUGCCGAAGACCUGGACGAAGACGGCCUACGACCAGGUUGCCGUCACCGAGAACUUCCAGGACAGUGACAUCCGCGUAGACGUGAGCAAUGCUGUAUAUGGCAACCAGCCUUAUACAGAACAGCCAGGUGGUUGCGGGGAUCCUGGUCGUUACAUCCACCUAACACCAGACUACCUGACGGAUGACACUGAGGCAGCCAAGUGGGGCCCGCGAGACAAGACCUUCGUGCACGAGUGGGCGAGACUGCGCUGGGGCGUCUUCGAUGAGAUCGGAUACCCCGAUGACCCCAAAUAUCCGCUCUUCUACUUGGACUUCGCGAAUUUCCCCUUCGUCCCCAAGCCGAACUACUGCGCCAACCAGGAACUCACCGGGUCGAAGAUGGACAACACAACAGGGGAUUUGUGUACCGAACUAAACGGUUUACCAACAGCCACUUGCCGGUUCGAUCCUGAUGCUAACCAAGUGGCUAAUUCUUCAUUGAUGUCUUAUUACUAUCUGAGUUCGAUCGAGGAAUUUUGCGACAACACCGCCAGGACCCCUCACGUCGCCGACGCCCCCAACAGACACAAUGAUAAGUGUGGUCGAAGCUCCGUUUGGGAAGUUAUCGAGUCCCACGCAGAUUUCACCGCCGGAGCGAACCCUCCAGUGAGCAGCUCCACGCCCACGAGAUUCACUGUGGUACGUCAGGAGGAAGCUAAGUUUGCCCUCGUCCUGGACUACUCGGGCAGCAUGGCCAGCUACGACAGGAUACUGAAGUUACAGUUGGCUGCCCGUCGGUGGAUACUUCACGAGGUGUCCAUGGGAAGUUCUGUGGCCAUUAUCAAGUUCACGAGCACAGCCACGUUGGUUGCAGGACUCACCACCAUCAACAAUGACGCAACACGCCAGUCCCUUGCACAGAUGAUCGACAGCACGGCAGGAGGAGGAACCUGCAUUGGCUGUGGACUUCAGAUGGCGAUUGGGAGCGUGUUGAACGGCCAGAGGAAUGCGGUGAUUCUCCUCAUCACAGACGGUCAAGAAAACCCGACGCCGCCGCGGAUGAGUGACGUCAUGAAUGAUGUCAUUGCUUCGGGCGCGAGAGUGGUUACCAUCGCCUUCGGGGAAAGCGCGGACCCGAAUCUCGAACUGCUGGCCAAGAACACGAACGGAAAAACUUUUACGGUCAAGGACACGGACAACGGCAAUCAGCUGAAUGAUGCUUUUCUUGGCGCUCUUACCUACCAGCCGGGAGAGGUCUUGGCGGAGGCUCUCAUUAAGAUCUACGAGACUGACUACCAAGGCACCAACACGGUCUUCACGGAGCAGUUCACAGUAGAUGCCUCUCUGGGUCGUGACCUGACCUUCAAGCUGGAGACCAACACGCCCACGCACGUCGUCAGCCGCCCUUACCUCCUGCGUCCGGAUGGCACUAAGGUCGACAUUGCCACCUUCGACAGUACCUCAAACACGUAUACUAUUACGGAAGCAAUGGCCGAUGCAGGGCAGUGGUCAUAUAGUGUGGGACUCUCGGGUUCCAGCUCGAACUCCAUCAGCGUGAGUGUGUCAGCGAAGGCAAGAACUCCCAACGUAAAUCCUAUUCACACCACUGCUUGGGCAAGUGCAGGCUCAGGAUCAGUUAAUGCAGUCACAAAUCCAGUCAUUAUUUAUGCAGAGGUGAAGCAAGGUAACAAUCCUGUCGUGGGCGCCCGUGUCAAAGCUCUGAUCAGCGAGACGAGUUCAACCGCUGCUCCUCAGGAAAUUGAGCUCUACGACAACGGCAACGGAGGAGAUUCUCAAGCGGGAGACGGCGUUUACUCGGCUUAUCUCACCAAGUACUCCUCGGUCGGGAGGUACUCUGUCAAGGCCCAGGUGUGGAAUGACGGCAGCGCCCUCGUCAACAACGGCUUCACGACAUCCAGGAGGAAAAGAAGUCACCCGGCAGCUCGCCACAGACGGGCCGUUUCAGCUCAUCCUCUCGAUACAACUCCCUACUGCUGCGGGAGUGUCGUGCCCCUCGACCCUACGACAGCCACGCCCACUGGGAACUUCACUCGUGUCGCUCCCGGCGGUUCCUUCCAGGUGACGGUGAUUCCGACAGGCGAUGUCUUCCCUUCCUCUCGCGUCACAGAUUUGCAUAUGACCUUAGAGAAAACGAACCUCAGUUUAACGUGGACUGCGACGGGCGAUGAUUUCGAUGCUGGUACAGUGAGCGGCUACGAAAUCCGUCUCGCCCACAACGCGACCUAUCUCCACGAGGACAACUUCGACAGCGCUGCCAACGCCACUACGAUCCUGCUCUCGGUGGCAGACUCCGCUAACUUGACCAAUCUGUUCGUCGAGGCUGGCCAGAAGGUCACGCUCGAACUCACUCUCAAGGAGGAGGUCAAGUAUGACACUCCGUACUUGGUGGCACUCAGGGCGGUCGACGAAGCUGGCAACGAGAGCCUCGUGUCCAACAUAGCGUCAGUCAUGAUACCGACCCCCCCGCCCCCCGCUGACAAGAAGGGGCUGUCCCUCACCCUCAUCGUCAUCGGCUGACACGUGACACCGAUUGACAAACCGCAUGACACAUUUGACCAACCGCAUGACCCGUUUGCAUGGCUCGAGUCGUGAU